AAAAUUAAAAAACAUUGAGGUAGGAGCUAGAUACCUUAUAGGUGUCAUAAGGCAGCGAGGCUCGACAAAUAUUUCCAUCUGGUAAUCAUUAUGAACACCUCGGAAAAGAACGAUGAUAACACCGAUUCCUUGGGCCCCGAUCAGGAUGAGGAAAUCCGCCAAGUACUAGAUUCGAUCGAAAGCUUUGAGGAUGUCUGCAAAACAUACAAAUCGAAGAGUGCCCAAGAAUUAAGCGCUCAAUGGACUAGGGAGAUUCCAAAAUCUGAUCAGGAAAAGGUUAAAACGGCAUCCCCGGAAAAUUGUUCUACACCAAAAACUGAAAAAACUAAUACUGAUCCGGUGGAUCAAGAUAGCGAUUACACCGGCUUUCUUAAGCAGAUGAGCGUUCGUUAUUCUCAAUUUCGCAUAGCUUCGGGUCAAGUGGUUCAACAAAAAGGACAAAGAAUGGAUUACCGCGAUUACAGCUAUAACGAAUAUCCAGCUAACUUCCCUCCUUCUGGAUGGCAGUCGACUGACACAAGUGGGCAGGACUUGAGUUCCCAAGUUUCUUACGGACAGGGACAGAUGGAAUCUCCAUCCUCCUCGUCUCAAAACUCCAGCUAUUACGGCUAUGGACAUUCUCUGCCGGAGAUUGGCUCAGGAUCGGAUGAGACCAUAGUCAACGGACGACCCAGUGCGCCCACUUUAGCGGCCUCUGAAAAUCCUUGCUGCUCCAAGGAUUCCUGCGGCUGUUGCUGCCGUUCCAGAGACUCUGGUCAGCAGAACGCCUGUUGCCACUGCGAUCAGGGAGUUUCUGGCCAGGCACAGCAGCUGAUGCCUGUGCCCAUAGGCGUAGAUCCGAGUACCGGGUUUCCCAUCUACUGCUACUCGACACCAGGCAAUUAUCCUGGCAAUGCCAUGUACUCCAUGCCAGUCAUGCAAAUGGAUCAAGGUCAACGCGGAGGCGGUGGCCAACAUAAUGUGGAGAUCGCCAGCACAUCGAGGGGAGCUUCAUCAUCUUCCGCUGUUUCGUCUAAUCAAAAUCCAAACAACUUGGAUGUGGAAGCCUUCAUGCGAAAGUACCAGAAAAGUGUUCAGCAGUGCUAUGCGACUGCCCAACAAGGAAUUCAACACUCCUUUGCCAACGCUCAAACUCAGCCGUAUUAUAGCAACUUCCCUCAGGGAACUCAACAUUUUUUUAACAAUCCCAAUGAAGGGAUAGGUGCUCAGCAAAUGUUUGGCAGCUUUAAUCCAGGAAAUCAGCUGGGAUCUCCCUAUCAAGCUUUUGGCUCCGCUCUGGGUGCCCAACCAUAUUAUUCCACUCCUGUUGCAGGUCCCCAACCAUUCUUACCCCCUUCAUUCGCAAUGCCAGCCCAAAAUUUCUUUGGAAAUAAUACGGGUUUUAUGAAUGAUUCACUGCAGGCCCAAACAGUAUAUUCCGCUGAUUACAAACCAUUUGCCAACGAUGGCAACCAUUUCAACCACUUCCCCAAUGGCAUAGACAUCGGGAUGACCCCGGAGUCCUGUCCCAUCUACGGACCAGCUGGAACCGCUGGCCUGGCUGAGAUGGGCUCCGGUGGUCCGGUCUAUGGCAUGGGCGGUGAAAUGAAUAUGACUUCCUAUCCUCUUAGUCAAAUGAGCUAUUCAAGUCCUUAUAGCUACGAGAUGCCUGCUUCCUCGCCUGGCUACAUUCCUGGAACAGGAAUGCCUAUGGCCAGUCCUCAAAUGCAAACUGGACAUCUGAGUGGUGGAAAUCCAGUGUUACCUGGCUAA